UUCUCUUAUCUUUUCCCAAAAUUUUGCUCUUUUAGAGAGAGAAAGUAGAGAGAGAAAGAGAGCGAUUCAGACGAGAGGUUGAGAAAAUAAAUCCGAAUUCUUGAAUUAUUUUCCCCUCUUCAAUGGAGCCAAAUCAAUGGCGUAAUUCUUUUCCAUUUGUGUUAUGAUCUCCAAAACUUUGAUCCAUUUCCCAAAGUACUUCCUAUAAAUUGUCGAUUUCUCCGGAUUCGAAACCCUAACCCUAGUUUUCUCCGAUAUCGAUUCUAAUGCUGUUUUGAAUUUUUCGAAAGGGGAAAACCACAGAUUUUGAUCGGAUUUUUCAAGGAUUUUUCAUUUUCUGGACGUUUUGAAUAGGAAAAAUGCCGUCGCACGCGGAUCUAGAUCGGCAGAUUGAGCAGCUGAUGGAAUGUAAGCCGUUAUCGGAGGGCGAAGUCAAGACGCUUUGCGAUCAAGCGAGAGCGAUUUUGGUUGAGGAAUGGAAUGUUCAACCGGUUAAAUGCCCGGUGACCGUUUGCGGUGAUAUUCACGGCCAGUUUUAUGAUCUCAUAGAGCUCUUCCGUAUUGGUGGAAACGCUCCAGACACUAAUUAUCUCUUUAUGGGAGAUUAUGUAGAUCGUGGAUACUAUUCAGUAGAGACCGUCACUCUCCUGGUGGCUCUGAAGGUUCGUUACAGAGACAGAAUUACAAUUCUUAGAGGAAAUCAUGAAAGCCGUCAAAUUACUCAAGUAUAUGGUUUUUAUGAUGAAUGCUUAAGGAAGUAUGGAAAUGCAAAUGUCUGGAAGCAUUUUACUGAUCUUUUUGAUUAUCUACCUCUUACAGCUCUUAUUGAGAGUCAGGUUUUCUGUUUGCAUGGAGGCCUUUCACCAUCUCUGGACACAUUGGACAACAUCCGAGCUUUGGAUCGUAUACAGGAGGUUCCUCACGAAGGGCCCAUGUGCGAUCUGUUGUGGUCUGACCCUGAUGAUCGUUGUGGUUGGGGAAUAUCUCCUCGUGGAGCUGGAUAUACUUUUGGGCAGGAUAUAGCAGCUCAUUUCAACCAUACCAAUGGACUUACUCUUAUCUCCAGAGCCCAUCAACUUGUGAUGGAAGGUUUUAAUUGGUGCCAGGAUAAAAAUGUAGUGACAGUUUUUAGUGCUCCAAAUUACUGUUACCGUUGUGGAAACAUGGCAGCUAUACUUGAGAUCGGGGAGAAUAUGGAGCAGAACUUCCUUCAAUUUGACCCUGCUCCACGACAGAUUGAGCCCGACACCACUCGCAAGACCCCUGACUAUUUUUUGUGAUUUCAAUAGCUCGACCAGAUGUGUGUAAAACUGUUUAUCCUCGUGUUGCUGUAGAUUUAUUUAAAAGGAGAGGAUUUUGGUUGUUUGAGGAUCAGUGUCAACAUCAUUCUUUGCUUUGGAGUGGUCUUUUGCUACUGCUGUCAUUGCUCAAGAUAAUCCACAGUAUUGAUUAAGGGUUCCAGUAGUUUAUUUGUAUAUUUUUCAUCGGAAAAGCAAGUAGCAGCAGCGACGAUGGCAAUGUCUUAUUGUAAUUUUGCAAAUUCAAGAUAGAAGGCUGGGUUUUCAGUUUUAUGUUGGUCCCAUUUUUCGCCAACUCCUCUAAAGGGCAACUGGAAUGUGCGGUUGAUGUUAUAAAUAAGCUGUAGGGCUUCAAUUUCCAGUGGCAUACCUGUUCAAAUUUCCCAGAAUUUGAACUUGAAGAUGAUGCUGCUCAUGUUAGUCUGCAGCCGUUCUAUUUUUUAAUGUUUUGAUUAUUCAAGUAUACCUCAUAAUCAUAACUCGUUCUGUUUCAUUAUGAAUCUUAUUUAAGUAUCAGCUGUUAACGAAAUCAUGCUCAAUUUGUAGUGCAGAACUUUGUUGAGUUUGAUGAGAUUGCUGGCUUUUAUGUAA